AUGAACUGUGACCUCGUUCUAGUUUAUAAUAUGGUGACUGACCUGACUGUUUGCCUCUUUCUUGCUUGGUUCCUCCAAACAAGAGACUUCGUGCUCAGGAGCAGUGAGCUCGCCACGCUCGCUGCCAUCUUCCACUUCAGUGGCACCAAACCAAGCUACCUUGGCGUUCAGAAGAGUCCUCCAUCCCUUGCUCUGUGCCCUGCAACCAAUAACUGUGUUUCGACAUCAGAGGAAAUAAGUGAUUCGAAUCACUAUGCUCCCCCAUGGAACUACAAUCCCAAGGAUGGCCGGAGGGGUAAACCCAUAACCAAAGAGGAGGCCAUGAAAGAACUAAUUGAAGUCGUCACGAAGACAAAGCCAGACAACUUCACUCCUCGCAUUGUAGAUAAAACAGAUGAUUACAUCCGAGUUGAAUAUGAGAGCCCUAUAUUUGGGUUUGUAGAUGAUGUGGAGUUCUGGUUCCCUCCUGGCAACAAACCACUCGUUCAGUAUAGGUCGGCGUCUCGAUCAGGAUUUAUCGACUUCAGUGCCAAUAAGAAGAGAGUAAAGGAGCUGAGAUUGGCUUUGGAAAAGAAGGGCUGGGCUUCGGAAAGCAACUUUUGA